CGUUGUCAAAAAAUUAUGGCGUCAGGCGAAAACAGACCUUACAGAAAAGGUUUCUUGGAUAAUGAAGAUAUUGAAAAUAAAAACCGGGAGCGGGGAUAUAUCAAAGAAGAAAGGUACAAUGCAGCAAGGGAAUUUUCUCAAAUGCAACUUUCAGACGAUGAAACAGGCUCGGAAACAAGGCAGCAUUUAGCCGAAGUUGAAGCUGAAAUAGCGAGAGAAGAAGACUCAGCUACAAUAGUGAGAAGCCCUAGAACUAGGAAAGAUGGUCCUAGUUCAAAGGAACGGCUAAAGUUAUCCGAGAAGAAGUUGGAAUUCGUGCGAGCUCGGAAAGUAAGAAUUCACCAACUCUUUGAAACAAUGAAGAGUUCACAAACGGUCGAUGUUUGCUUUCUCAUUGAUUGCACCGGUAGCAUGGAUCCUUACAUUGAUCAAGUAAAAUUGAAAAUUGAUGCUUUAGUUGCCCAUUGUAAAACCAUAUUUGAUGACCUGAAUCUUAGAGUGGCUUUCGUUGGAUAUCGAGAUCAUUACGACGGUGACAGGGUUUGCGACGACGAAGAACGGAUCAUUUCUCUACAGUUCACGGACAACAUUGCUAACUUCAGGUCGUUCGUAUCAAUAAUAAAAGUUUAUGGGGGUGGUGAUGCUGCAGAAGACGUAUUUGGUGGCUUAGAAGAAGCUGGAAAUUUAGAAUGGUCGUCUCCGACACGUAUUCUCUUUCACGUUACAGACGCGCCCUGUCAUGGACGUCAGUAUCAUGAGGAUGUCUUAGAUGAUUUUCCAAAUGGCGACCCCAGAGGUUUGAAUGCAGGUGAUUUGUUAAACGUUCUUGAAGAUAAGAAUAUAGCAUACUGGUUUGCAAAAAUCACCGAUAAAACUGACAAAAUGAUAGCUGAGUUCAGAAAACUUUUAAGGACUCCGACAAUGCUUCAGCAGGUAAAGUUGGAAUCUGCUGAACAAUUAAUGUUUGCAGUCGCUGACUCCAUUUCUUCUUCUAUUCGUGAUGCGGAAACAACUACAUUAGCCGCUGCUGGCGUUGGUGGUGUUGAUGCGUUUUCUCACGAGAGCAACCCAGCCGUUCAACGCCCUGCCUUGGUACGUUCACGAUCCUUGAAAGAGUUUACAAUUUGUGAAGAAACCCCUGUUUGGAGUAGCAUCCGAAGCGAGAAUGCAAUCGUGUUUCGAAACAAAUUGGCAGACGGUACGGUCGUUGAUAAUUUGAGACAACCUCUUGAAGAAGAGAAGAAAAACCGAAAGAUUCAGAUCGCUACUCAGCCAUUUGCAGAAGGGGCACAAAGGAUAGUCUAUUAUGGAAUAGACUGCACCUUUGACACUCCAAAGAAAGUCGUGUUUAAAGAGUUCAAAUAUUUAGGCGCUGGUCUGAAUAAAUUAGAAUCUUACAAGCGUCAAAUGGAAAUCCAGUCGAUUUCUUUCUUCCUCUCACGCGAAUUUAACAAGCAGAAACCCGUUGAUGCAAAGAAUAUUUUGUUCACCAAAGUCGUUGUUGUGAGCCUCCGUGGCCGCCCGAAACCUUUCUACUGUUCCCAGGAACCACUUAUUGAAGGUUCUUACGUGAAGUACAACUCUAAUCAUGGAUUCGUCAACAAAAAUGAGUACGCAGCCACUUUGAACGCCUUUAGUCAUUGGACAUACCACGUAACUGAUGGAUAUCUCAUGGUAGUUGACCUCCAAGGGGUGAAGCAUAGCACCGGUGAUGGAUUCAAAUUUACCCUCACUGACCCAGCCUUGCACUGUAAAGAUCUGACUAGGUUUUCCAGCACAAAUCUUGGCACAGCUGGGAUGCAUCGUUUUUUCCGUACCCAUCAUUGUAAUAGCAUUUGUAAAGCCAUGAGCCUACCUCUUCAUCGCCAUCAACCGAAGUCAUCAACCAUGAGUGAACAAGGUUGGUUUGGUGGUUUAAGAAGAUAAUGGCAUCUGCUGGUCCAUUCUUAACUUUUUUAAUCGAUAAUGUAAUGUGUUUAGGUUGUUUAAAAUAUAGUACAUAAUUGAUUAGUUAAAUUAACUUAACAUUGAUUAAUUUAUGAACAUCUUCGAUAUGAUUGGAUUGUGGCAGAUGAAGGAGGAGUAGCUAGCGUUCUUGACUGGAUAGACCUGAUAUUUUUCAACGGCGUUAAAAUGUAAAUUUGGAGAACGGAAAAACCGCAUAAACUCUUUUUAUUCAUAGUAAAAUUGUUCCUUUUUUUGUAAUUUCUAAAAAUAAAUUAAC